GGCCGGGUCUGGCCUCUAGGGGUCUCGUCGCCCGCCUUCUAGCCCUGCCUCCUGCCCUCAGGCCAGGGUGCCGCUGGCCGAAGUGCGCCCCGACGCCCUGCCACCCCACCGCUCUCUGAGCCGGGAACUAGACGAGUUUUCCCUAUCGACUCCCGUAGGUCUGGCAGCCGAGAAGCCCCUAAAAAGAAGGGUUCUCAGCCGAUGCCUCACCAAAUCUAAAGUGCUCUUGUAUUAAGACUGAAGACCGUUAUCACCCUGUCCUGGGCGGGAGAGAAGCGAGUAAACGGUGGUAAUGAGGGGCGAGGGACUCUACAGACCCCACUACCCUGGCGCCCGCCAAGCUGGGAGGGGCCGAGAGUGUUGGUGUGGAUUCGAACCCUUCAAUAGAUUCGACUCUUGGUCGGGGCUUGCUCCGGCCCUAGACGUCGCUGCGGGAGUAGGAGGCGAGACCCCCACCCCAGGCAAGGGGGCCCGGCGGGCCUCGGUGUCCCUCUCAGCGCAGCCAGAGAUGGGGCGCCAGGACCCAGACGGGGGAGAUCAAGAGCAAGGCACAGGGCCCAACAGGCCAGACGGGUGGCGGUACUUCCAUACUAUCCCUUCCCCGGCCCGCACGCCUUACCCCGUCAAGCAAAGUCGCCCUGAACUUCCUUGGCUGAGUCCCCACCUGCUCCCUACCUGGUCCCUGAGGGGCGUGGGAUGGUGGGUGGUAGGGGCACGAUGUGCCAGGGGCAAAGCCGGAGCGCAGGCCACGCUGGUGGCUAGUGGCCCCCGCGGCCUGUCGCUCCCACUUUAUAGCGCGCGCCCCGCCCCUCGGGCUCCGUACGCCCCGCCCGGGCCCAUUCACCUGCUGUUGAGAACUAGACACCGCACAGCUCAAAGCGAGCCACCGGGUGGCCGCGCGGUCCGGCCGUCGGGGCCGGCAGGAUGGGGGCGCCGCGGAGACGGAUCCAGUUUCCACCUUUUCUUAAAUGCGCUGCUGAAAGUCGAGACGGCCCCGGCCUCGGGAGCCAGCGCUGCUUUCUCCCCUGUGGCUCCGUGCGCACCCCGACGCCCCCAACCCCACUCCAGGAGGGGCAGCGAAACCGCACCCGCAAGGGCCUCAUACAUAUUUUAGGGAGCAGGCCCAGCCUGUAACCAGAGCUGCACCGGGACGGUGAGGGGGCUGCCCCCGGGGACCCGAUACCACGGAUACCUUUCAACUUGGUGCGCUGGCGGGGAGGACGUGGCUCAGGAUGACCUCAGAGCCUCACAGCUGCCCUGUCCCAUGCACCCUAUGCCCGCCUGCAUUCUGCCCUUCCUCAGCAGGUCCGACGUCUGUCUGCUGGGCGGUGGCAUCCUCCUCCCCUAGAGACCCUUUCCGCUUCACCACCAACAUCCCACUCUGCUUGGAGUUGUGCACCCACUACACGUAGUUUUGGGUUCCUUGAUCCUUGGGUCAGGCUUAGGAAGGCCUCUAAGCCUUUAGGAAGCCCUGCCUUUGUAGUCUAACCUGCGAGAGUCGGCGACUCUCGCUCCAUCCCUGAACACUGGUUCUUUCUCGCCCUUGGUGCCUCGGCUCGUCUCUCUGACCAUCUUAAUUCUCUCCCGGCCCCGGCCCCGCUGUCCUCCAAUCCUCCACCCUCUCUCUUUCCGUGGCAGUCUCCGUUGUGCUGAAGAUGUUGCUAGACGUCAUUAGCUCUCGGUCUCCCCUCCCUUCCCACUCUAGCGGCAGAGCUGGGGAGGGGGAUGUCUGUGAUGCAGUGUGGUCCACCAAACCCUCCCGCUCCCCACCUCCCCCGCCUCCACCUAGACCCGCCCGGGCGGCAGCAGUUCUGCCAUUGACCUUGCUCAGACCGGUGGGGACCCCGAGCUGAUCGGGGCUCCAGGUCCCAUGACACGCGAAAUUUGCAUUCCCCACUGAUUCAACGCCCCGGGUUCGGGUCCUCCCGCGCUCCGGUUACCAGCCGCGCGAUCUCCAGCCUCACUUCACUAUUCAGAGCCUCAGUUUUGCAAAUGGGUAGAGUGACUUCCACCUCUCGGGAGAAAGAAGAAUGCAUUCUGCGAACUACAGAACCCGCAUUAUCGCUGCCAGGGGCCCUGUAUCCGAAUCUGCUUGACGUCUUCCCGGGGCCUGCUCCCUGCCGCUGUAUCCCAGACUCCGGUGCUGCCCCUCGAGAUCUCGCUACCACUCCAACCCACCCACCGCCUGGGCCACCAUGCUGGGGGUCCCGUUCUGCUCAGGGGAGCCUCAGCACUGUCUUUUGUUUAGCCCAGACCCCAGCCCUCAGUGCUUUGUUGUAGAAUCUAUAAGUGCCUCGAUCGACACUCACAGGGGUGUCCAAACCCAACUAAGCCCCCGACGUUUUUCGAAAAACGGUGUGUGGGGGCGUCUCUGCGUUUUUCUUCGAGCAGCGCAUAGCCUCGGUACCAUUCUCAAAGAACUCGGAACCCCGGAGGUUCAGCCCCUGCUGCAGGGGCGGGGAGUAUAAGAGACGGUAGGGAUAGAUCGAGAAAAACAGAAACUGACAAAUGACAGGCGAUCCUGUCAAUAGGAUUCUACCGAGCUCUUAAAACGAGUGAGGAAAAUAUAUAGGGUCGUUAUAUAUCCUGUAAAUAUCCUGUACAUUAGGUGAAAAACGCAAAAGACACAUGGGCUCUUGUUUGUGUAAAAACAUAACUGGGGCGGAGGAGUCUGGGUGUCCGGUUUUUUAAUGCACUAUAGUCUCCCACCGGAGACGUAAGACAUAGCAAAUAGGGGUGGCUUCUGUGUAGAUCUGGGGGCUGUUGGGCAGGAGACUCUUUGCUGCACGUCUUUCUUGACUGUUUGGAGUAUGUGUGUUUG